UUCCUCAUCCUCCUCCUCAUCACACGCGGACCUUAAAACUCUUCAGUUGGGCCCCGCUGAGACGUUCUACUACACCAGGCAGGGUGGCAACGCUGAGAUCAAUGGGACGGACGACGCCUCACAGCUCACAGAGACUCGUAGAGCCCUUUCACUGCUCGGUCUGGGCGACGCACUCCAGCUGGAGAUGUUCCGUGUGAUAUCUGCUGUGCUGCAUCUGGGCAACGUUGAGAUCCGGGCCAAGGAGAGAGACGCAGAGAGCAGCUUCAUAGACCCAUCAGACCCCCACCUCCAAGCUCUGUGCGACCUCCUCGCACUGCCCACCACCACCGCCUCCACCUCCACCACCGCCUCCACCUCCACCACCGCCUCCACCUCCACCACCGCCUCCACCUCCACCACCGCCUCCACCGCCUCCAGCACCAGCAGCACCGCCCGGUGUCUGUCCCGCUCGCUGUGCCAGCGAGAGAUCCGCACCGCCGGGGAGACGAUUGCCAAGCCGCUGGCACCGGGCCAGGCGGCGGCAGCUCGUGACGGCCUGGCCAAGCGUCUCUACGCGGCCCUCUUUGCCUGGCUGGUCCGGCGCGUCAACGCCGCCCUCGCCGACAACACCAACACCGGCAACACCAACACCAACACCAACAACACCAACACCGGCAACACCAACACCAACACCAACACCAACGCCAACACCAACACCAACGCCAACACCAACACCAACACCAACACCGCCGGCAACGCUGAUUACCGCGGCGGCGGCGGCGGCGACGCCGGUGGAAGAUUCAUCGGAGUGCUCGAUAUCUACGGGUAGAGGCACGCGACUCGCUCGUCCGCUCGUCAGCGAGUUAGAUCGUUAGAUUGUUAGAUCGUUAGAUUGUGAUUGUUAGAUCGUUAGAUUGUUAGAUCGU